ACAUCUGAGCUAUUGCAUCAAUUAGUGACUUCAGCGAAUGGAGGGGCUCUACCAAUUACACAAAAUGACUUUUCUGUAAUAUGCCGUAAUAACUAUCAUAUUUUUGCUCUCUUGGUUGACUCGAUUCUAGGUGUUCGAUUGAAAUACAUAUAACUUGAAACGAGUGAUUUCGAUACGCAGACGGGUCCUUUAAAUCUCGUCGCUUUUUUUAUAUGAAUCAGAAAGCACGCGCUAUGCUACAAUACACUACAUACAUGUGUAUCCUUACCUGAGCCUUGUACCGAUUUAUAUUUCUGGAGUGAAUUGCUGAGAAGGGAUUUGUUUUUUUUUAACUGUGUCGGUGAUCGAAUUAAUUGUUGACGGAACUGUUAUAUUCCCUCCUGCUUUUCUCGCCUUUCUGUGACAGGCUUUUAUUUUUGCUUCCCGAUUCUGACUUUAUUCCAGGCGAGAUUCUUUUCUUACGGAGCAAGUUUUUCUUAUUUCCUUUACGCCUUCUAAUCGGCCGUGACAAUAGAUGUGACAGAACCACACAGCGGUUAAAUGGGUGAUUCAAGAUCCUCAUAAUACAAACCGGGAGACCGAUCGUUGAAUUCGAACUGGAGUUAUCUGUCAUUAGUGUGUAGUGAAGGCCGGGAGGCGGUUGUGCUUAUACCUCACUAUCAGACAAAAGCGUGCUUUUUUCGCUCUUCCGUGAUAUUGGGCCGUAAUUCAUUUUUAUAUUCAAAAUGGGAUUUUCGAAUUCACCAACGCAUUCAUCAUAAUAUUCUCGCUGACUUUGUGUACUCUUUGUACAUUUCUUGUAUCAUCUCCUAUUGACAAACUCUCUGGACGAUUAAGGAAGCUUCAACUGAUUAGGAACACCCCAAAAUGUGAUUUUUGUUGCUUUUCAAUUGCCUGAUGACUUAACAUGGAUGGAUUACAAUUUAUAAAUGGUGUUCUCUUAGUCUUGCUGAUCUCGACGUUAUUGGCGAAGGCCCAGUUUCAUAACUAUCAAAGUGCUGCUGUCAUUCCUCCUUCCUUUAAUCCAACGAGGCGGAACGUCACAUAUCACGUGGGAGAAACGGCGUUGUUGGAGUGUUCGGUUGAUAAUCUUGGAACCAAAGAGGUAAUUUGGAAAAACAGAAACCAGAAGCACGUGAUCACGGUGGGUUCGUUCGUGUUCGUGGGGAAUGGUGCAUACAGCGUCAGUCACCCUAGCAACAGUCCUCAUUACGACCUCGUGAUUAAAAACGUGCAGAGGCAUCACGCGGGAGUCUACGAGUGUCAAGUGAGCACACGUGAGGUGAUGAGCAUUGACAUCCAGCUAAAUGUUAUUGAUCCGCCUGCAAAUAAACAUAGAUACUCAUCACCGCCGACGGCUUCCAAACCAGCCCUCACACUAUCAGGGGCAGAGUUCGUAGACCAAGGGGAAGCAAUUCGUCUGUCCUGCAAUGCCACGGGGGUGCUUCACGCGCCCGAGGAUGUGGACUGGUUUUUCCAGGGACUUAAGAUUCAAAGUAGUGUUCAGGACGAAAUAAUCAUAACAAAAUUUCAUAGUCCAGAGACAAAGACUCUAAUUAGCACUCUAGAAAUUGAGAGGAGUAAGAUGAAACAUUCGGGAAUGUAUAUAUGCAGAAGCACCGAUCUGACCAUUAAGAGUCACAAUGUGCAAGUGAUCAAUGCAGCGAGUAAAAACAGAGAAAGAGCUGUGAAUGAGAAUGGAGGGGAAACAGAUGACAGAAGCGGACGGCAGGCCGAGCAAAAAAACAAUAAUUGUUCAUUAUUAACGAUUCAUUUUCCUACAUUUGUGUUAUUAUCGACAUUAUCCUCCAUACUUGUAUAUCUACCAAGGUGAAACCGUGCAGACUCAUCUAAAAGGGAAAAAUUAUGAGAAAUUCCCCAUCCAGGUCUUUCAGUAAUGAAGAAACCUCUAUUUUGGAAUCCAGAUCGAGGUCGGCGAUAACUAAAACGAGGCUGCUAGUAUUGUAGCAAGGUUCAUCGCACAAUAUGUUCGAUAAAGGAACAUUAUUUCUGAUAGCAUGACCGAUGUUUUCAAGAAAUGAUUAAAAGCAGAAUACGACCCGUGGAAUGGACGAGCAGGAGCGUUCUCCGCUGUCUUGAUCAAAGUGUUAUUUUGUGAUAUUAAAACCAAACAUGAUUCAUUGUUCAUCUGAUAAACUCUCGUGCAAUAUUUCAUCCCUCAUUUUCUGUCAUUCAUUGAUAAAACUCUGCUCUAUGUAUCAUCUUUACAACUUUAAGUUAAAAAAAAAUCUUCAAAAGUGUUGUUGGAGACUUGAGUUGUAAGAAAGACAACAAUCAUUCCAUAUGUAUAGUGACUUGAUUCUUUCUUUUUAUCGGUUGUUCUAUAUUUUGUAAACCAUGACUUGCUGACUUUGACAAAUUUGACUGACUGUUGUUUCUCUUCGGUCAUGUUUUCUGGGUUUUAUAUUUGGUAUACAUUUUUGUAGUUUGUUCAUAAAAUGUCCACGGACUCUUGCUUUUUUUUUCAGUUGUCACGGGUAAUCAUUUCUUUUCUCCAUUUAAACUAAUCAAUACGAGGCUAAUUUCUGACGAUUGUCAUGAAAAUGAAAUGAACGGUAUAUUGUUCAGUUUUUAUAUUCACUCGGCCAACUAUUUCUGAUGCAUUUUAAUAAUUCAUUGUAAAAACUUGGUAUAUAAAUUGUCUGCGAAUUUCCAAUAUGAUUUCAUUCUUCAAAUUCACUGCUACUGUCGAUAUCAGUAUUGUUUUGGUUUCUAUGGUUAAUUUACAUGUAUAUGUACCAUCUCAGUUGCAUUUAUAUGACAUUCUUCGUGUUCCUAUAAAUAUUUAUUGCAGCUUUGUUUUUAUUCUCUCGAUCCACGUUUUUUUACGAGAAGAUACGUUUUUUGUUGUAUGGAGUUUGUAAUGUGAAUCUUGUGUUAUUGAUGAAAGAAUCAAAAAGUAGAUUUUAUGUGACAAUGUGGUGAAUAAAAUCAAGAAAACUUUCAAAAAAUAAUAGAACAAA